ACUUUGACAAAGUCCCCGAUAGAGACAGUCACAGAAUUGACCCGCACCGCCGCAUAGCUCGCGUGGGUCUUUGUCUGAUUUUUCCUGACUUGCUCAUUAUACUGACCUAUAGGGUCACCUUGCCAUUCUGGUGGCGACCGAGUGGGAAGACUCGCAGUCAUACGUCCCAGCAGUAACAAGCGUGAAGCAGCAUGGACUAUUGCACAGAUAGAGGGAGUUUGCAGCUGGCUGGCGAGUAUUGUCGUCAGACUCAAGACGCGAAUUUAGAAACGUGAAAGACGCGACGCUGAAAUUGACCACGACGACACUCGACGUUGAGUCAACAGGGAGGUGGCAGUUUCUAGACACUAGCCUCGUCGCGCGGCUUCAACAUGUAUGGCGACGCGGCCAUGAAGCUCAUUGCUGAUGCGAAACGUACUGCGGGUCUUGAUCAUCUGCCCCUCUACCAGCCGGAUCUUGUCCAAUCUGUGACUCGCGAAGUUAGAGCGCUCGAUGCAGAGCAGCAAAGAACGCUGGAGGAGCUUGGUGGCAGUCAGAACUUUUCUCAUUCACAGCACCCAGAAGCUGCCGUUGGCAUUUUGAUACAGCAUUUGGCGAAGCAGCGUAACAAGCGGUGUCUCAUGGCAUAUCAUCGCCUGCGCACUGAUCGCAUCGACAGCCUAUGUUGGGCAGAACGUCUAGAUGCAGUCGGCGUGCAAGUUGGAGAGCAAAGUCGGCUGGGGCCUGAUGAGAUUGAAUAUGCAAAGCGUUACAAUGAACUUUUGGCUGCCUACAAGGGCCAAUGGACCGAUAUUGAUCUGACUGGAUCUCUCGAACCUCCAAAAGACCUCUAUAUCGAUGUGCGUGUUUUGAAAGAUGCUGGCGAGAUUCAGACAGAGUAUGGUACUCUGACCUUGACCAAGAAUAGCUCCUUCUUCGUCAAAGCGUCCGAUGUGGAACGGCUCAUCCGCCAGGGCUUCCUUGCCAAGGUAUAAACUAC